CCAGUGGAAACUUUCCCCUGGGCGGCCGGGCGGAGCCGGGCCCGUCCCUCCCGGGCGGCCGGGACAAAAGGGGCUCCGUCCGCGGGCGGCAGCGGCCUGACCUGGGCCGCUCGGGGGAGCCGCGAUGGACUCCGGCGGCGAGAGCGUCGAGCUCAACGGGCAGGCGGAGGGCGCGGAGCCGGCGGCCGAGCGGCACAGACCAUCACAGUGGUUCCAGAGAAAUAGACCUAUGAAUAUCAACCACUACGCAAACAAGAAGAGUGCUGCAGAGAGCAUGCUGGAUGUUGCACUGCUGAUGGCCAAUGCAUCCCAGCUAAAAGCUGUGAUGGAGCAAGGACCUUCUUUCUCAUUCUACAUUCCGCUUAUUGUUCUCAUCAGCCUGUCACUCACACUGCAAGUUAUGGUGGGAAUACUCCUGAUAUUCCUUGUAAAAUAUGACCUGAACAACCCUGCAAAACAUGAUAAGCUGGAUUUCCUCAACAACCUUACAACUGGACUAGUAUUCAUUAUAGUAGUUGUGAAUAUUUUUAUCACUGCCUUUGGAGUGCAGAAGCCAAUGGUGGAGUCGGCGUCGAAGCAGUAACUGCGAGAGAUAUGAAGCAUUCAUUCUUCCAUAGAUGCCAUUUGCACUUGAGCCAGUUAUACUUGGACCCAAGAAAAAAAUAUCUGAGGACGAUGACCUACAGAGGCAGCUUUCUCAGGUUUCCAACAAGCAACACAUCUGCGUACCUAGAGUUUUCCAAUGUGUUAAUAUUUAUAUUGUUUGGCAUCUAAGGAAAGGAUGAUUUUGACCCACGGACAUUGCUUCUCUGGACAUUGUCAUUUCAAUUUGUAGAUUAAUCGUUAAUCAGAAAAGUGGCAUAAACUCAAACAGGUAAUAUCAACUGGUGGAAGUUCACUGGUUCCAGAACUUCCCAUUUUCCAUGCCUUUUGCUUUUGCAGCAAGCUGACACUUCCACACUGAUAAGAAGCUGCAGGCCUUCAGUUCUAGCAUGCCCCCAUCGUCCUUCAUUUCAUUCACUUUGCACCAGACCGAUGGUUUUCCAUAGCACAGUGCUUUUCCCUUGCAGUGUUCAAAGGUAGCUGUGUCUUUUUUUCUCCCCCUCACUCCAGUUCCUUUAUUUAACUGCAGCAAUAAGACAACUAGAAGCAGCUGCCUAUCUUUUGGCCAGUUUUUGUUCUCACAGACAGUCAUGUAUCGUGUUUCUUCACCUCUGGACCACAGUUCAAGCUUCCUUCUGUGUGUACAUACAUAACCUCAGAGCUCCGUUUUUUUGUUAUUAACCAUGAUACUCCAUAUUCUGUGCAUUAUACAUAUUUCUGGAAAGUCUGAUAAAACAGCUACCUUUUCUAUGCCCAGCUGGAAAACCAGAGGAUACAGGUGAUCUUCACCUGCUAAACUGCUACUGAGAGCCUGUCAGCAAUUCUAGGAGUACGUUGAAAGAUGUUUAUCCCUUACUUUUCCUCUUUGCAAGAUAUGCAUUGCUGCAGUUAUGUCACUCUUAAGAGUUUAUGGCUAAAAUCACUUUAUAUGUAUAUAUAUGUAUAAAUAUCUUCUAGGUUCUUACCUGCUGGCUCAGGGACUGAUACUUUUUCUAAAUACACUAUUGCUAGUAAUGGUGUAUGUUAUAAGAAUUUCUACAACAAAAACAUUUCAGUCUUUUUUAAAAUUUCCAAAGUAUUACAUCUGCAAUCAGGAAAGUCCAAGUUUUCUAGAGCAUGCUUACUUGUAGAUGCAGAUUUGUACUAAUGCUUUUUCUUACCAUGAAUUUUUAAAUGCUCCCUUGCACAUAUAGAAGUUUGACUUCUGUGUAAACAUCUCAUCUCAUUUAAAAUUUUUAUUGGUAGCAUUUCUCAUUAGUUAUAUCUCAAGGACAACUGAUGCACCAUAUCUUUAUUUACAUGUUCUAUAGGAAUUAUUGGCAGAAAACAAAUCAGAAACUUGUCAAUUAGUAAGAGAAUAGACAUUUUUUGAUUUUUUGGUUGCUUUAUUUCUAACUUAACAUGUAUUUAAUCAAUAUCUGGCAAACAAUGGUUUUAAUUGUGUGUAUUAUACAAAUCUAAAUAUAGCUCAGAACAAGCACUGAAAGAGGUA